AUGUAAUUUGAUGUUCAAAUUAACUAACCUGUCGAAGAUAGGAAACUAACUCUCGUUAACGAAUAAGAAUUUGAAAAUAAUUAGAAGUAGCAUGCCAUCAAAGUGCUUCCAUUAACAAAACGACAAUUGAAUAAUAAAAAAUUCAAGCGAACGACCACUAUCAUAGAUGAUGAUGACCACGCUAUCAAAGGGCCAUUUGAGGAUAGUAGAGUGACGAGAAUGACCUUUGAAAAAUGCAGACUUAUAGAAUUGACUAGAUUUUGGCUAAUAGUCGCAAGUGCAAUUCUUAAUAUUUUAGAAUAUGAAUAUAGCUUUUCAACUUAUUUAACUAGAAAUAUGGAGAAUGAAUUGACUAUUCUGCUCUAUCUAAUAUUUUCGAUGACAAUAAUAAUAAUAUUUUUAACUAUUAUCUCUUAUUAAAUAGAUUUGGAAUAUCGAAAGAGCUCAAGAACAAUCUCUCAAAAAGCUUCAUUAAUGCAAACCAACCUUAUUUGGGGUCUAUUGGUCGAGUUAAUAAUAAUUAUACCAACAUCCAACCCAUUUACAAGAGAUUAGUAUGUGGUUUUUAGUCAAAGAGGGUCCUCUGAAAUCAGAUUCUACACAAUCAACGAAAUCUUUACUUACAUAAUGUUUUUCCGACUGUAUUUGCUACUCAACAUAGGCUUCAAAUUUUAAACUUAUUAUUCAAACAGGAUUGGAAGAGUUUGUCGUUUGUAUCAAACUCGUUUUGGAACUCAUUUGAUGUUGAAGCUAUGUAUUAGAUAAUUUCCAUUUUCUACUUUGAGUUGGUUAUUUAUAGUCGGUUUAAUCUAAUAUACUUACUAGUUGGAAAUAGCUGAGAGACCCCUUUUAAGAACAUUCGACGUUAUAAAUACUUAUAACAUUUCGAAAAGUUUGUGGGUUACAAUGAUUACUAUAGCAACUGUAGGGUAUGGGGAUUUCUUCCCUUACACAGAUUUAGGAAGAAUUUCAAUGACUUUGGGAUUGUUUUAUGGUGUUACUAUAACUUCUCUAUUUACUGCCAUUUUGUAUAAUAUGCUUUAGCCUAUUGCUGGGGAAAAUAAAUCGUGGGCUUUAUUGGAUAAAGCUUCUAUUAAAAAGAGAAUGAAAUAAGCAAGUUCUAAUAUAUUUUUUUAUUUUUAUUAAUUAAAAAAUAAGUAGAAGGUUGCAAAACGGCUGGAAGUUAAAGAAAAUCUUAAUAACAUCGUUUUCAAUUUGGAAGGCCAUUUGUCUGAUGUAGGAAUAAUGAGAAGAAUGUACAGAGAUGUAGAUGGCGAGGAAUUUAUGGAAAUGGUGAAUAGGAAAUUUGGUGAUUCAAAUCAUAGUUUUAAGGAUUUAAUAUUAUAUCUAUAAAAAAUGAUGGAAUAACAUAAAUUAAUUCUCAAUAAUUUAGAAAAAAAUUAGGAUCUGUAAUCCUUUAAACUUAAAUCGUCCCAAGCUAAAAACUUAUAGAAUGGCUAAUUUAGCUCUCCUUAAAGUUACCAAUACAAUUUAAACACAGAAGAGAAACUUAGCAAAGACGACAAUUUCUUUGAAAAUUUAGAGGAAUCAAAUAGAGAUUCUUGUCUAAUGAGCUUUCAUGAUUGA